UUAUCUUUAAACGGAAUAACAUAAAUCGGACGGACCGAGCCUGAACUAUUUUGACGGUUGCCAAACAGCUUCUAAAACAAAUUAUUCGUCCUCCGUCAAGUGGCUGAGUUUGUCCAUCGCCGAUCAAUUCGUCACUGUCGAUCGUCAUUUUUUGGUGUCCCCUUCUGCUGCUGCUUUUCCAGGGCAGCAAUUAGUUGUUUGAUUGCCUUCUAAUGGAUGCCAGUUCCUUCUGCCACUCUUAGGGGCUUCUAAGAUUUUGAAUCAUUAGCCGCAGUUAUAUAAUUUUUUGUUUAAGAUGCCGUCAUGUUCAAAUGAGCUAUCGACCCAUCACAAUCAUCAGAAUGCUGUCCCUGCUGAUGCAACCUUGUCCAAAUGUGGUGAAAGCCAUUUGGAACACGGGGAUGACAAAGAAGAGGACGAGGAUGGGGAUGAAGAAGAGGAUGUAGAUUUCUAUCCUUUUCUUAAAGAUACCCCAUCUGUGGAAGCUUCUUCAAGCUUGAGCUCUGAAGUUGAAGGUCUGGAUGUUGAUGUUGUUGACAGUGGGGGAAAUGCUUACAGAGAUUUGGUUACUAAUUUGAUGUCAAAGCCACCUUCUCAAAUCCAAGACUAUGCUGUUGGAGAUUCCGAGCACGAUGAGGAGAUGUUGCAAAAUGCAGUUUCUUCUGGAGGAGCAUGUGAAAAAGAAUCAGAAAAAUCUUCUCCCACAGACAUAAGGAAGAGAAAAUCAGAUUCUUGGAUCUGUCAGCCUGAAAAUGAAACUUUUUGUGGAGAAGAAAAUGGCUCAAACAGUGGAGCAGAGGCUAUUAAUGAUAUGACUAGAGAGUGUGGCAAAACAAGACAUUCUAGGAAGCUCAUUAUGGAUGUAGAUGAUGAGGAUGCUAUAUGCAUGCGCACUAGAGCUCGCUAUUCGCUUGCCAGUUUUACGCUUGAUGAACUUGAGACUUUUCUUCAAGAAACGGAUGAUGAAGAUGAUCUUCAGAAUGUCGACGAUGAAGAAGAAUAUAGGAAAUUUCUUGCAGCUGUUUUACUGGGUGGAGAUGGAGAGAGUCAGACGAUUCAAGAAAAUGAAAAUGUUGAUGAUGAAGAUGAAGACAACGAUGUGGACUUUGAGAUAGAAAUUGAAGAGGCACUUGAGAGUGACUUCGAUGAAAAUACAGGUGGUGAGAAACAAGUAAAGGACCACGAGGCAGCUGGUAGACGACCUGAGACUAGGCAAAACCGAUGCCAAAGAUCUUCUGCCCAAUACAAAAAAAGGCUGCUUGAACAGACCAACAGGCCAUUGCGCCCCCUCUUACCAAAUGCAGCAAUUGUACCUUUCCCAGCUUUUGAUGGAAAAAAUUUGGAGACUUCUUCAUCUUGUCUGUCAUCAGCAGCAUCUAACGGUUUAAUAAAUGGUUUUACUCCACAUCAGCUGGGCCAGUUGCAUUGUUUAGUACACGAGCAUCUACAACUUCUUAUUCAGGUGUUUUCUCUUUGUAUUCUUGACCCUUCUCGCCAGUGCAUUGCCUCCCAAGUUCAGGAAAUUAUUUCAGAGAUGCUUCAUAGACGUGAUCAAGUAUUAUCGUCGAGAAGGGUACCAUAUCCCAGUUUUUGUUUUUGCCCUCCUUACAUUCAUCCAUCAGUGCAAGUUGAACCCUCCAAAUCUUUGACAGCACAGAGCACCUUUGGAUCAUCUUGGUCCUUGGAAGCACAGAGAUAUUGUUCUUCUGGAAACAACAGAAUGCUGCCUUCUGAUGUGAUUUCCCCUUUUAAAGAAGGAGGUGUAUAUGUUUCUAACAGGGAGGAGGGUCGCUUUCAAACUACUGAGGGUUCCUUCUGGGUUCCUUUUAUAAAUGGUCCUGUACACUCCGUUCUGGAUGCUGCUCCACUUAAUUUAGUUGAAAAAUAUAUGGAUGACGUUUCUACUGCUUCGUGGGAGUAUCAAAGUCGACAAGUGGAAGCUACUUGUGAUACACGUCUUGAAAGGGUGCCCUUGUUCCCCCUUCCCAGUUUUCAGUCUUCCACUGAAGCUAAUGGUGAAGUAAGAGGAACCACUUCUCCAGCUGCCAACCCAGUGCCGCCUUCUCCAGCUAGUGAUCUACCACCUAAGAAGACAUUGGCUGCUGCACUUGUUGAAAAGACCAAAAAGCAAUCAGUUGCUGUAGUCCCAAGAGAAAUUGCGAAGUUAGCUCAGAGAUUUUUUCCACUGUUUAAUCCAGCCUUAUUUCCACAUGCUCCACCCCCUGCAUCCGUCGUGAACCGGGUGCUUUUCACUGAUUCAGAGGAUGAGUUAUUAGCAUUGGGGUUGAUGGAAUAUAAUACAGACUGGAAAGCAAUUCAGCAACGCUUUCUUCCUUGCAAAUCAAAGCAUCAGAUUUUUGUUAGGCAGAAAAAUCGUUCAUCUUCUAAAGCUUCUGAAAAUCCAAUAAAGGCAGUUCGGAGGAUGAAAAACUCUCCCUUGACUGCAGAAGAGAUGGCACGGAUUCAGGAGGGAUUAAAGGUUUUUAAACUUGACUGGAUGUCCAUAUGGAAAUUCACUGUCCCAUAUAGAGAUCCAUCCCUGCUACCCCGGCAGUGGCGCAUUGCUACUGGAACUCAAAAAAUAUAUAAAUCAAAUGCGGAAAAAAAAGAGAAGCGGCGAUUGUAUGAAUCACAUAGAAGAAAGUGCAAAUCUGCAGCUUCGGCAAGUUGGCAGACUUCAUCUGAAAAAGAGGACUGUCAUACUGAUAAUGCUGGUGGAGAAAAUGACAGUGGAGAUGAUUGCAUGGCUAACAAAGAUGAAGCUUAUGUUCACGAGGCAUUUUUGGCAGAUUGGAGACCGGGUACUUCUUCUAAUCUGUGUGUCCUGAAUGUUAGGGAAAAUAAUCCACCCAGUGGUUUACUGUUGCAAGAGGGUUCUCGUGUCUGGGAACACACUAUUUAUAACAAGACUGGAGAAUCUCAUGCGCAAAGUGAUCAGGAAUUUCCAGAUGCUUUGAAUUACUCUCAGGGACUCCAUAAUUUAGCUCGUUUUGCUCAUGCUAGACAUAGUGCAACAACUCACCCAAUUUCUGAUAUGAGUUUUAGGUCCUCCAAGUCCCAAUUAUAUAUGCGGCCAUAUCGUGCUCGUAGAGCAAAUAGUGCUUGUUUAGUGAAAUUGGCUCCAGACUUGCCUCCUGUGAAUCUUCCACCAUCUGUCCGUGUAAUGUCUCAGUCAGCUUUCAAAAGCUAUCAGGGUGGAGUAUCUACUAGGAUCUCUGCUGUUGUUGCUGGAAAUGGUGAUGCUGCAACAGAAAAUACAGUUCGGAAACUUAGUUAUGCUGCAGAGUCAGGAACCAGCUCUCUAAUAAAAGCCAGAGAGAACAAAAGUAAUUCACUGAUACAUAAAAGCGGUACUCUGCAUCCACAAGAAUCUGGAAUCAGCGGGGAUAAAUGUAUUACAGUAGAAAAAUGCGACUCAGAUCUACAGAUGCAUCCUUUGCUGUUCCAGGCCUCUGAAGAUGCGCGUCUGCCAUAUUAUCCCUUGAGCUGCAGUAAUAAUGCUUGUAGUUCUUUCAAUUUCUUUUCAGGAAAUCAGCCCCAGUUGAAUCUCAGUCUGUUUCAUAAUCCUCACCAAGCAAACCAAGCAAUUGACCCUUUUCACAAAUCUUCAAAGGAAACUACUUCGUCAUCGUGUAAUAUUGACUUCCAUCCACUUCUGCAAAGAGCUCAUGAUGUAAAUAGUGACUCAGUAGUUGCACUUUCAGCUGCCCAUCCGUCUGUUAAUUUGGAUUCAUUAAGAGGCAACUGUGUUCAGCUUCAGGAUUCAUCUGAUGCUGUUCGAACUGAAUCACAGGUCACUAGCUCUCCAAAAGCUACUUCUACUAAACCCUCUAGUCCUAAUGGAAAGGCUAAUGAACUGGAUUUGGAGAUUCACCUAAGUUUUACAUCCAGAAAGAAGAAAGUGAUGGGAAGUACAGAUGUUACCGAGCAUAAUCAAAUGCGGCCAAUCUCAAAUGCUGUGGAUUCUGGAAUUACUAUGGAAACUCAAAACAAGCUAGCUUCUGUUCCGGAUGGAAUAAGCAACAAGGUUAAUUCAAGUGCCCACGCAUUGGUUAUGUCAAGUAAUGUAAAUAAUCAGUCUGUUCCAGAAAUUGUGAUGGAACAGGAGGAGUUGAGUGACUCUGAGGAAGAAGUUGAAGAGUGUGUAGAGUUUGAGUGUGAGGAAAUGGCCGACUCUGAAGGCGAGGGGGGAUCCGACUCUGAACAGAUUGUUGACAUACAAAAUAAGGAAGCUCCAUUUGUGACUGUGGAGAAAGUUGCAGCAGAUGCAGAUUUUGAUAAUCAACAAUGUAAAACAGGGAAGCACUCGGAAGCCAGCACUCUUAAGUUGGAUUUGACAGAGCAAGGGAAAGAUAAACCGAGUAGUUCUUUAAACUUGAGUUUGAAUUCAUGUGGUCCAGGUUGCCCACCAGGUAACAAAACCAAGCCAAAACGUGUAGAAAGUAGAAACAUGGAAGGCUCGGCUGGCAAGAAUUGGAUGUCAGCACGUCCAAGUAGAUCUUGCAAGAAGACAAUGUCAAGUACAAAAGAUUUUAGAUCACAGAAACAGGCUGGGGACAUGCCUCAACAGCUCGAGCUGGGUUCUCUUGCUGUUGACCCAUUGAAGAAACCCAGGAAGCGUGCGUGCAGAACUAAUUCUAGUUUUAAUAUGGGUUGAGUCAAAGAGAGAUUCAAGAUUAAAUACAGUUGCGGCCAUACAGAGCUCCAACCAUGGUUGUAGCAAUGAGUUUGGUUGAUUGUGGCUCUGUUGGGAAAUGCUAGGGUUGGUUUUUGGUUACCCGAAAAAUGGCUACCUUGCAAGUGACAGAAUGGGCAUCAAUCUCAGCUACACGUGGAGGUUGCGAAAAGUGAUCCUCUCAACUAAUCUACCUGCUAAACAAGGCUGCAUGGAGACUGGUCCCUUCUUUGUUAAUAUGAUUUGAUUUUGGCUAAUGGUAUGAGAAAGAAGUUAGUCUUCAAUUUAUUCACGCAUGUUCCUCUAAUGCAAGUGUUCUGCACAGACUUGUGACUUGUACAUAUAGUACAUUGAAGGGAGAUGUAAUGUGCGGUGAAGACAAGUUUUGUGGUGCUAAUAAAAUUCUCAAACACAAUAUGAGCAAGACGAAAAUUACCAAACAAUUUGGCUGUAAGUAGUUUAAAUGUAGUGACAUAAAUUUGGGUGCGUUGUUGAUAA